UUUGUGUGUGAGUGUGUGUGAGAGAGUGUUUGUGUUGUGGGUGGGUGGCUCUCUCCCUCCUCUGCUCUGCUCUGCUCUUGUUAGUUGCAGAGUCCUUUUUCGUGUGUGCUUCGCUGCAUCUUACACCUUGUGGGGAUCGAUUACUGUAGUACUGCACUGUAGACAUCGUGCUUGGGUGGGAAGGAACUGCUGAGCGAGCGCUGGAGUGGACGCGAUCAAAGACAAUUUCCAUCACAAAACUAUGAGGGUUUUGUGAUCCUCCAGCUGAAUGUAUGUGUUCAUCUGGGGGUGCGCGGAGUAUGGGAGGAUGGAUGUUGGGAUACUCCAGGGCAGAAUAGAAAUGGCUGUUUAUCACAAGCCUACCAGCAUGGACCGAAGCGGAAGUAAUGAGCUCACUCAGGAGAGGAGUGUCCCUAAAGAACUUGCAUCCAGCAGAGGCCGGAAGGUCUUGGAAGUGGGCGAUGACGGGAGUGGUCGGUGUGGCAUUUGCUCAGGACAUGUUGCAAUUCGUGGUGUGCUUGAUUGCUGCAGUCACGAGUACUGCUUUGACUGCAUCGAGAACUGGUCAUCAGUAUCGAACAUGUGUCCUCUCUGUAAAUUGCAGUUUCGGUUUAUAUCUGUGGAGAAUGUGCAUUGUCAAGAGAAUGAUAAAUUGGAAGACUACUGUUCUUUUCCUUCGAAACAAGAAAGGGAUGACGAAUCGUGGGGCUACGAAGAUCCCCUUUCUUUAUCGUUCCCUUCUUUUUUCAUCGAUGAAGAUGCGGUAGCAUGCUUAGAGGGAAACAGGUGUCUUGUUCGAGCUGGGAUACCUCUUCAGGAUGAAGACGCAGCUGAUACUUCUGUUGCGUGUGAUUCUUGUGACCGCUGGUACCAUGCUGGAUGCGUCGGUUUUGACCCUUCAAUUUCCUGGGGCUCAUGGUUGUGUCCAAGGUGCUCUGAGAAUGCUGCUGAUUUGCGAGCUCCACCAGCAGCGUCCCUCCCAUCUAUUUUGCCUCUCACAACUGUGGUUUCUUCAUUUACAAGUGGUCAAGUGCCUGUGGCGGAGCUUGCAUUUAGUGCUCCAGUUUUCACUGGGAGCGACCCUACGGUUUCAGUUUCAGUUGUUGAUGAGGGAGAAUCAGCUUUGGUAAUUUCUAGUGUAGCGGUUGAGUCUACAAAUAUACUCCCUCCGAAGUUGGAAAUUCAUCAAGCACGCACUGAUACAGAUCCUCGUGGACAAGCAUCAGUAAUAGUUAAAACGGAAGAAGUUACUUACACCCCUUUAGAUGAUAAGGUAGCCAAUGUUCAAGUCCCUGGUUCAUCUGCAUUUGAGAAAGUGGACAUUGUCAUGCAGAAGGCUGUGGAUUCAUCUUCUGUUCCGUUUGUUCUGAAUCUCUCAGAGCCUGGGACAACUAAUCCCACGAGAGAUCUGGUGGAUAGGAGACUCAAAGAGACAACCGGUUCUUCCAUUGAACCGAUUACAUCUGUCAAGACCGAGCAGUGCGAUCUUCCGGUUGUAGCAUUGCAGGGUUUGCAAUUAUCGCAGCGUAAAGAACUCGAAGCGGAUCAAGUAAUACCAGACAUCGCAGAAAGCGCUGAUUUACCGGCAAGCUACUUCGAUAAUGUAGAGUUUGAAGAACAACCUAGAAAGGAGAAGCGGAAGCAAAUAACAAGACAAGAUCGGGAUUUUGUUCGGGCGGAAGACCUGCCCGAGCCACCUCGAAAAGUAGCCCGCUCUGCCUCGAAGAAAAAAGAUAUUGUGCAAGAAUCCCCUUGUGGUCUGCCUUUAGAGAAAUCAACUGUUCAUUCAGCUAUGGAUUCUAAAGCUUCUGUUACGAAGGUGACAUCUCUUGCUGCCAAAAAUAAAAUUGAUCACAAAAUUCCCUACACAGAAAAUGUGUCUUUGGAAGACCUUGUGCACUUAGUGAGGGAUAAGCACGCAAUUGCUAGCGGCAUAAUUAAGGAGGAACCAGGAGGUAUUGAGAGCAAUUCGGCAGGUGGAGUACGAACUAGGAUGGUCAUGCGUAGGGAUUCUGAUGGGAGAGCUGCUCAGAUUGUUGAGGACAUCCGUCAGCAAAUGCGGGCUGCCUCAGGCUAUGGAGCAGCUGAUGAUCAUGGCAAGGUGGCAGUGUCUGAUGAUAGGUUCUUUUCAGCGUUCAAGGCUGCCAUGGUUCGCAAUAAUGAGCAAGCACAGGGUUCUAAAUCUAAGAGUUUGAAACGGCGACGAAAUUCCUGGUUAGAGAGGAUGCUGGAUAAAGCUCCUCGUGGUAAGGCAGGAGGAGUUCGGGAGAGCUUGACCAAAAAAUUAUAUGCUGGAGGAGUGGCUAGGAAGACCUGGGAUAGGGAUUGGGACGUUUCUUUUUGGAAAGAACAGUCAGCACGCAUCAAGAAGGCUAAACAAGAGGCAUCAGAUGUUGUAGAAGGUAGAGCUGGUAUGCGGGGAGGAGAGAUUUCAAAGGGUACUAUUACAGUUAAGGAGGAAAUGAUUCUGGAGAGGCUGAAGAAUGUUAAUAAUGAAGGCGAUUCCAUUUUAAGCAGGCUAUAUGUUGCAGAUACAUCAUUAUUUCCGCGAGAUAAUGACAUCAAGCCUUUAGUUAAUUUGCUAGCCGAUGUAAAAGAAGAGGGCAAGCCGAAGUGUUCUGGAGGUGAAAAAGCUACAUCUGUGCCUAAGAACUCGAUGAAGGCCCCGAAAUGUUCCAGCCAAAAAGCUACUGAGACGAAGAUUACUCUGCUCAGUGGAGGAGGAGGUGCUUCAAACAAAGGGGCAUCCAUUCCCCUUGUGCAGGAUCUGAAAGUUCCUUCUCGUGAUACUUCAGAGAAUACCAGUAAAGUUAAAAUGAAAGGGUCAGGUAUGCCAGGAACGCUUAAACAUGUUGAAUCUCCGGUGAAACCACCAAGAGCUUCAGAUUCUGAUGGGAAGAAAGAUAAACGUCAAUGGGCACUUGAGCUGUUGGCCAGGAAGUCUGGAGAUGCUACGGCAUCAUCAUCAGCAAAAUCUCACGGAGGAACUAGAAACGAGUUCCUUCUGAGCCAGGUUCCUGAGGACCUGAGGCCCACUCUGCCACCUGAUCGUCGAAGCAGAGUCCCGACUGCAGUUCGACAGGGCCAACUAAAUCGAAUUCUUGAGCACUAUCUGCGAAAGGCAAAAUUGGCUAGUCUUCAAGGGGGUUACAAGUUGAAGUCUUUAAUCGCAUCUGCAGUUGCCAAGGAGCUGGAGAUCUAUGAGCAGUCCAAUACCAAAGGCGUGUACGUGAAUCUUUGUGUUAGGGCCUUGGCUCAACAAGAUGAAGUGAGGCUUCAAGUUACCGUUCCUAAACCUAAAUCUGAACCUGCUCAAUCAGACGGAGCGGGUGCUGUAAAUGAGGCGUUGCUAGCCACUGGUCUUAUUUCUGAUUCCCCCCCUGGGAGCCCCCUUGAGCAGCAAAAUGCUACUACACCAAGUCGUGAUGUGUUAAACGACCAAGCGCUAGAAAACUCACCAAUUCGGGACCAAGCUGCGCUAUCAGGAGUCUUUGUAGGAAGCAAGGAUGCUACGCUUUUAGUACAUUCUCAGGUCGAAAAUGCUGGAAACGUCCUGAAUGUAUCCAAACCCGUAUCUGACGUUCAUGAAGAAUUAGACCUGGACUUAGGGGAGGUGAAAACUUGUGACGGAGAUCAUGGAAAAACACUCUGUGCCAAUAUCUCUCCAGUACACCCAGUAUCUCCGAAGAACAAGAUGAAGGCUGUUCUCAUUUCGGGAAGUGACACCAAUUUUCGUGACGUGAUCGACAACGAAAGGCUUUCUGAAGAGCCUAGCUCAGGAAGAGAGAUUGAUAUGGGUGUCGAAGCGGGGAAGGCCGACUCCAAGGGUAGUUCAACAGCGGCGUAUCCACAAAGUAGGUCCUUCAUAAAUGAUCAAAGCACUUCAAGCCAAGAAGUAAAGCACGUGGAUAUGCAUGUAAGUUCUACCACAAAGUUCACCGAUGGUCUAAAGACGGAAGCAACGAUUGCACUUAGCAAAGUAGGUGAAGAAUGUUCCGUGGUUCCUGGUGAAGGUCGGGCAUGUGUAAAAUAUCCGAAGGAUGCUGGCAAGGUGGGAGGUGUACCUAUUCGAUCAGGUGUCGAGCCCGAGGGAGAUGAUUGGAUGAAAACUGGCAAGUUCCCGGACUUGGACAGUCGCAUUGAUAAAAUGAGGAAGGACGUUCUGAAGAUGAACUCCACCUUUUUGUCUCAAUUUGAUGAGGAACAUGUCUUUGGGGGUUCACUCCACAAUCUUACUUCCACAGAUGAAGUUUGGCCGGAGGGUGGAAAUGCUGGAGCAGUUGCUUCUACCUUGAAAGUGGGAGCAGGUGAUGCUUGCAUUUCAAAUCGAAAACAUAACGGAUCUAACCAUGGUGGAAAAGAGGCCGAGGCAUCAAUAUCAGUUCAGAAACAGGUAGAAGCAUACGUAAAAGAACACCUGAAACCUCUGUAUAAAAGUGGGGUGAUCAAGUCUGAUCAAUUUCGGUUUGCAGUAUCAAAAACUGCCUCCAAGGUCAUGCUGCAUCACGGAGAUGCGACCUCAGCAGAAUUUUUGAUUGUUGAGGGCAGUAAAGUCAAGAAGCUAGCUGAUCAGUAUCUUCAGAGCUAUGUUCAGAAGAAGUGAAACGACUUCUUUUAGAUAAAUCUCAUGAUUCCCAGAGUGAGGGAAGUUCACUGGCACAGAUGUGCAUGUGCAUGAUUCCUUGUUUUCGUACUUUUCUAUCAUAUUUUUGCCAUGUACUUGAAAACAACUGGGUUCCGAAAUUUCUCCCUCGUGUAUACCCAAGCUGUCGUGAAGGCUCCGGAAAAGCCAUUAAGGGGCUUAAGGGGAAAAAGCUUAUGCUUACAAAAUGAGAGAGCUUCGGUUUUUUUCUAGGUGAAUGUUGAAAAUUAUGUGGAACAAAUAUGUGUCGGAUACUCCCGGGAUGUAAAAAACUGUUCUACGUAGAAUGACAGAUUAUGGUUCAAUCUUUUGCA